UUGUGUGUGGCCUGCAAAAGCUAAAAUAUUUACUAUCUGGCCUUUACAGAAAAGGUUUGAAAAAGUUGCUUAGUAAAAUGAGAGGAGUUAAAAUUAACCUCAGGACUUCCCUGGUGGCACAGUGGUUAAGAAUCCGCCUGCCAAUGCACGAGUCAUGGGUUCGAUCCCUGGUCCAGGAAGAUCCGACAUGUCACGGAUCAACUCAGCCCACGUGCCACAACUACUGAGCCUGCGCUCUAGAGCCUUCAGCCCACAAGUACUGAAGCCCAUGAGCCUGGAGCCCAGGCUCCGCAACAAGGGAAGCCUCUGCAAUGAGAACCCCUUGCACCACAAUGAAGAGUAACCCCCACUUGCCAUAACUAGAGAAAGCCUGGGCGCAGCAACAAAGCCUCAAUGCAGCCAAUAAGUGAGUUAAAAAAAAAAAGUUAACCUCAGGUUGCAACCUACAGGACAAGAAAAUACAGAACACUUACAUUAAUAUGAAUGCCAUUAACUCAUAAUUUUGAUAAUUUAAUCUAAGUUAAAUUAAUAUUUAAAUAUUAACUAUUUAAGCAGAUGAAUUAUGUAAACAGUAUUGUCCAGAACACAUUAAGUUACCAAAAAAACAGACUGUUAUUAAGGAUUGCAGUGCAGAAUCAUUAUAUCAAUAUUAAAAAUAUGUAAGAUGAUGAUUAACUGGUAUAUUUAGAAAUGUUUACACUAAAUAAGUAUAUCAGAAAUGCACCUCACAAAUAUCUCUCCAGCCUCUAUUUUUUUCUGUUUUUUUGUUUGUUCGCUUGUUUGUUUUGUUUUGUUCUUUGGGCUGCACCGCCCUGCUUGCAGGAUCUUAGUUUCCCGACCAUGGAUUGAACCCAGGCCCUCGGAGUCCACUGGGCUGCCAAGGAAUUCCAUCUCCAGCUCCUUUAUCAAAGAGGAAAUGCUUGCAUAGUAUUUCUGUUUAUUUAGGGGAUGAAUUGUUCACUUGCUCCAAACCCUGCUACAGAAAUUCUGGAGUCAUCACUGAUUCAGGGGUAACUGAUAACAAUAGAGUGGUGAAUUAAUAAUCCGACGUAGAUACUGAGAGUUUCAAGGAAAUGGCAACAUUUUAGAGUCACUAACUGUAAGACCAGAUGCUGGCGCUGCCUCAUCACGAGUUGACUGAGACUUUGGUUCCACACCCAAACCCGGAUUCAGCUGCAGAGCUGCUCGCAGGGCCAGAUCAGUUUGCUGUUCCACAUCAGGAUCUGAAUGACAAGCUAACCCAGCAGCAAAAGCUCCCAGCAGCGGCUCCAGUGCUGGACUGGGAACAGAAUCAGGCCUUGGUUCUGCCUUUUCGAUGCAAAAGUAACACCAAAACCAUAGGUCUAGAUCAGGCUGAAGGUCACCAAUCAUUUGAAAUACUUGUUCCUCUUCUAGGUAGUAAGAGCUCAAAACCAACGAAGUUCAUUGAUUCAGCCCCAAACCUGAAGAAGGAUCUCGUUCAGCAUCGACAGCUUGCUAAAAUUGUUGUUGGAAGUACAGGCCAGUUAGAAAAUGAAACUCAGGGUCUAGAACAACAGUUGCAGGGUGAUUAUGUAGCUUCCGGUAUGGAUACCAUUUACCCUGAGGAGAGCCUGCCUACGGAUUUUCUGGGGAACUCAGAGCAACCUCCGGAGCACCCUGAGGAGGCUGAAAUUUCUGCAUCCCAGCAAGAGGCCCAACUUCGUCAUCCAGAGACCCCCGAGGAGGUAGAAUCACUUCCACUCCAGCAGGAGCCUCCGUCUCAGCCUCUAGAGCUC